CUUCGCGCGACCCCCAACCCACCCGCCCACUUCGCCUUUUUGCCUGUCUGCUCGAAGCGGGCCUCGUUGCCCCUCCACCGACCCCUGCCAGCUCGCGAAGAUGUAUGCCUCUUCCGACUAUGAGCUCGGGCCGCUGAUUUCGUCACCCCGCGUGGCGAAGGCCGCCAAGCCGCCCACCAUCUGGACCAAGCUGCGGAUGCUGGCCCGGCGGUACAAUGUCAUCCUCAUCCUGACCGGGCUGCUGCUGGUGUGGACGGUGGUUUUCAUUGUGCGCAUGAUCCCGCACGCCACCGAGCGCAUGAACAAUGCCUCGCUGGCGUGCAACUACCUGUCCGAGGCGCGGGCCUCGCUGGCCACCCGGGUCAACCACGCGGCCAAGAAGCUCGGCACGGCCAAGAUCAAGACCUACGGCCGCGAGGGCACCAGCGAGUCGCUGCGCAAGAUGCGCCCGAUCCCGGUGCACGCCGAGGAGCGCAACUUCAAUCCCCUGCUGGCCAUCGACGCGCACCUGGUCAAGUGCGCCAUCCGCUAUGACAUUGCCAUCGAGGAUGUCGACACCAAUUCCAGCCGCCACACGCACAAGUACAAGCUGAAGCCCAAGCCCGAGGCCGGCCAGGACCAAGCCCCGGCGGCCGAUGCCGGCAGCAAGCAGCGCCGCGACGUGCCCGGCGAGGAGGCCGGCGCCGGCGCGGCCGCCGCCACCGCCCCCGAAGCCCCGGCCCGGCCGGACCGCUACAUCCUGGAGGAGAAGGCCGACCAAAAUAAGCUGGUCCUGUCGGAGAUCCGCCCGGACGACCAUGACCACCAUGGCCACAGCCACGGCCCCGGCGGCAAGCAGCGCAAGCUCCUGUCCAAGAGCAACAUCAACUCCACCAACAAGGGCCACCCGCGCCUGGUCCUGUGCAACCCGAAGUUCUUCAUCCGCAAGCCCUGCGUGGCGUACAGCUUCCGGUCCGGGUCCAUCCCCAACACGGUGGAGCGGGCCUUCGGCGGGGACCUCCUCGGGUGCGUGGUGCACUACUUCGACCCGCUGAUGUCCCCCUUCAGCGUCAGUGUCGUGGACAUCCCGGACGACGUGCAGUCGCACCAGAUUGGCAUCGGCCCGUCGCGGUCCUUCCGGUCGCCCUUCUCCGAGACCGGCAACGGCCACCGCUCGCCGCUGAAGACCCUCGGCAACAUCGCCUCCGGCCUGGGGCACACCCCCAACGGCGUGGACAUCGUGGCCAUCGACAUUGCCGGGGACGAGCGCACCGUCAUCCCGCACAUGCUGCGUGACAUCCGCGUGCACCGCCUGCGCAUCAAGAUGCUCCUCAUCACCUUCCACGAUGAGUUGAUGGCCGAUGGCUCGAAGGUGGAGAUGCCCGAUGGGCAGGCCCUGCUGCACGACCUGCUGGCCGCCGGCUUCAUCCCGUACAACCGCCACCGCUCGGACUCGCACAACCAGACCAACUGGGCCUUCAUUAGCGAGGACGCCCUGACCGGCAUGAUCGGCUGAGCAGCAGAGGGGGUGUCCUCGGCACUCGGACGUGUGCUGCCCCGAGGAGGGCCGAAGGCCCGGCGCGCCCCGGCUACCGUGGUGCGAGGCCAGGCGCCUCGGGUUCUUUCCCUGCCGCGCGCCUGCCCCUGCUCUCGCAUGACAAGCGGUGGCCUGCCCUCCCGCGUGCACGGGCCCUCUCCUCGGGUGUGUGGAUGUGUGUGUGGAUGUGUGUCUGCACGUCGUCGCGUGUGUGUAUGUGUGUGUGUG